CUGAUUCACAUGUGCUUCCUAUCCAUCCCGAGAAUGAAGACUCCACUGGGCCGAACUUCCCUCUACCAUCCAAAUUCAAACUGCGACAUAAUACUUCUUUGUUAUCCAUCGCAUACACUCCUUGACUUUUUGACCUAGAUUGAAUAUCCUCGCCUUACUCCCAUACCAAUCCCACCAAUUGACCGUCCUCCUAGCCCCACAUCAAACAACAUCUUCAUCCCACCACCAUGUCCGACAAACCCACCAGCAACACCAACAUCAACAACGACAAGAAACCAGAAGAUCCCAAAAGCAACACCAACAACCCUCCAAACUCCUCCAACCCUCCCUCCAACAACAACAACAACAAUGAAUCCCCCUCCCUAGCAAACCGCAUCCAAACCUCCGCCUCAGGCCUCGCCCGAAACGCCCUCUACGGCUCCGGCCCGUCCGCCGACACGGCACACCUCCUAGCAAACGGAGGCAGCAAACCCGGCGCCUCCUCUUCCUCCUCCCGACCAUCCGCCUUCGCAGCCGCCCAACAAUACCAAGAAACCACGGGACCAUCCUCCGCAUCGACAGCCUCAUCCCGCGACCCGGUCCCCGCGCAAUCAUUCCGCUCUCCAUCAUCGUCCGCGCAGCAACAGCAACAAGGCGGAUUCGCGCUCCCUGCGCUGUCGGAGGAUGAAUUCCAGCGAUCUUACGGGGAUAUCUUCUCCAACCAAGAUGAAACAAUAACAACCUCAAUCAUCAACCCUCCACACCCAACCAACCCAAUACCACCACAACGACCACGACGGCACCGACGCCCUCACCCUCCUCGCCUCUCCCACAUUCGACCCGAAUUCCCCGCCACCGAAACCGAGCCCUUCGAACCCAUCGAAACCGACCUCUCCGCAACCCUCACAGACGCCGAACGCACCACCCUCGACUCCUUCCGCCGCCAACACCAACCCUCAACACAAAUCACAUCCCACAGCCUAAUCCCAGACAUCGGCUCCUUCCUCGACACAAUCCCCGCCUCCGCGCAAUCAGACGCGACGCAGCUGCGCGAUACCGUCCUGAGCGGUCUCCCUGGGGCUGCGGACUGGGUUGCCCUGGAAGAACAGUACCAGGAUGAGGUGUGGGGGUAUUUGAAGCCGACGUUGGAGGCUGCUGCGAGGGAGAUGGAGGAGAGGGGCGAUACUGAGAAGGAUGGGGGGGAUAAUGCGGGGGAUGGCCCUGCUGUGAGGAGGUUGAAGAUGGUGUUGAUGCAUAUGAGGGGCUGGGGUAAGGGAACUUUCUUGUAUACUAUAUCUGAGCAGCCUGAGACAAUCAUUAAGCAAGGGGUGAGUGUACGAAGACUACCCGAGCGGCCACUAUACCACUCGGCCAAAAGGGAUUCUUACUUCUUUAUCAUAUAA